CAUCUAGUAAAUGAUCAACAUGGCACCCAAGUACUCCGUGUUCCUGUUCUGCUUAGUUCUGUUUUGGACUGCAAAACAGUGUAUAGCUGAAGGAGUUGAUUGCUGCGAGGUUUGUUCUUGUGUCUUUAAUUCUCUGCUUUCGGGAACCAUUGUGAAUUGCCACAACAAGGGACUAUCGUCAGUUCCAUCCAAUAUUCCCCUGAACACAUACGACUUAGAUUUAAGCAACAACAGACUAAAUACUGUUCGUAAUUACUCUUUCACUGGAUUGAAGUCCCUUCGAUUCCUUAACCUAGGUAUGAAUAAGAUAGCCUUGCUUGAGAAAAAUGCAUUCACUGGGUUGGACAAUUUGCGUGUUUUGCGUCUCAAUCAAAAUAUCCUCUUAAUGAACUAUACGACUUACCCUGAAAUGGUAUUUCUCCCUUUGAGUGGACUGCAAGAAUUGUACAUUGAAGAUAAUUUUGAUAAAACUGAUGGAGAGUAUGCCGAUAAAAUAUUUAAACCUCUGCGAGAACUUAAGAUCUUACAACUAGACACGUUCUCGAGUCCAACAUUUGGCGAAGGAUUUACUCAUCUUAAGCAUCUUCGCCGGUUACUAAUAGGUGGAGGUCGUAUUAGAUGUUCAAUGACUAUUCUGAAAAAUAAUACAUUUAAUGCUUUUCGUGCAGUACCUUUAGACGAAUUGGUUAUGACCCAUUGUCUGCUUCGCCUACUCGAAGCUGGCUCUUUUCAGUUUUUUCCAUACCUCUCGAUUUUGAAAAUACCUGAAAACAAAGUUGGAGUUAAAAACGUGCUUCGUUCACUGAACACUCUUAGAAGUAGAAAUAUGACUGAAAUAAACAUAUCCAAAAUUCGGUUUGAUUCGCACAAGACGGAUUUAUUACGGAUUGACGAUUCAGUAUUGACGACCGAUGUAAUUCGGUAUUUAGCCAACAUCUGUGUUACCAAGAUAGAUUUAUCACGAAACAGGAUUAGAAAACCUUCAGAAACUGGAUAUAUCGGGAAAUGA